AUGGUUGCUUGUACUGCAUCUAACUAUACUUCCAAUUUUAAUAAAAUGGAUCAGGGUAAAAGUAAAAUGUCUGUUCAUGAUCUUUUACCUGACAAAGAGACAUUGCAAAAAUUGAUGUUUAAGGUUGAGAAGUAUCAAAAAGAUCUUCAAAAGGGCCUUGAGAAUCGAAAUUAUGUGUUACUUGAUGAAGUGAUAACAUAUUUUGAAAAAUUGGAUAUGCCAUGGAAAGUGUUAGAGCAAACAAGGGUUGGACGUGAUAUCAAUGAAAUUAGAAAAGCAUUGAAUAAUGACAAACCAGCUUUAUCUAAACGCUGUCGCAAGUUAAUCAAAAAGUGGCAGCCAUUAAGAAACAUCCAAUCUCCAACAUGUGAAGAAUCAUCCCAAAGAGAGUUAACUGAUAAUACAUGUAAAAAGAACACUCUUUUGAAUGAUUCUGAUAUAUUAUUAAAUCGUAAACGUAAAUUAGUUGAGGUUAAUGGAAAGAAAAUUAAUAAUAGUUUUAUAACAUUAUCUAAUGGAGAGCCAAAACCUUCACCUCCUAUUUAUGAACCAAAAAAAAGACGAUUUGAACGUAGUGAAUCUGUUGUUUCAAGAUCAUCUUCCUCGUCUACUGUCUCUUCACCUAGUGGAAAUGCACUUAAUAUUUUAGCAUCUAAAAGAAAAAAUGUUCAAAAAACAUCAGCAUUGUUAACUGAUAUUGUUGUAAAGGAUGAUGUUCCAAAACCUGAUACACCAAUAUCAAUGAAAUCAAAUUCACCAGGUGUUUUUACAGAUGAUGAUACAGAUGAAUCAAAUAGUCGUUUUUCAUUAAAUUUUAUCAACAAUUCUAAAAAAAUAUCACCAAUUGUUGAUUCAGUUAAUAAAUCAAAAAAUCUUAUAAAGAAAGACAAAAAAGGUUCAACAAUGUUAGAUUCGUCGCAAAAAAAACAAAAAAAUGGAAUAGUAGAAGAAUAUAAAAAAGUAAUAAAUGAUAAUAAAAAUAAUUGUCAACCAGUACCAUCAAGAACAAAUAAAUUGCCAACAGAUUUUUCACAUUUACAGGUUAAAAAGUCUCAUCCCAUUGAUAAUGAUUUUUCAUGGGAAAAGUAUUGUAAUGUUCCAUCAAUUGAAGAACUACAAAAAAAGUUACAAAAAAACUCAAUAAAAGAUGAUGUUUCUUCAUUUAAAGAGGGACGAGUUAUUUUAAUUGAAAAAAAUCGUCCAUUAAUUGCUUGGCCAUAUCUUUUAAAUUCACGUGACAUUGAUUUCAUCGCUUAA